CGUCCCUCUCGCCCCGGUGCGGCGCCAGGGCCUCUCUGCCCCGGUCAAAUCACCCCUCUCCCCCCGUGGCCGCCGCGAAGUAGACUCCCUGCCGGCGGCGACGACGAGGUUCUCUGGUUGCUUCUUGAUGGCUCAUGGCUUCGACUACAAGACUAGCAUGAUGCCCCGACUCACCAACCCAUGGCACUAUUUUGAUGAUUUCAGAUUCUGAAGCACGCAAGGAGGCCACCACAGGUCCAAAUCUGGCCAGAUCUAUAGCGAUUACAAGCCAGGUAGGCGGUUGUUCUCUGGUUUUAGUGGGUAAAGGUAACAAGAGAACACCUGAAGUUGAAAUCACAUCCAACUACUUGUCAGCAACAGCAACCUAGCAUACUCUCAGUCAUACACACGACUCCAUGAGAGUUCACGGUCUCCACAAUUAAGCUUCAGUGACAACUUCGAUUCAGAAAUCCAUGAGACUAUUCUGAUGGUUUCAGAUUCAGAAAUUCACAAGGAGGUUACCAAAUUCGAUUGGUUCUAUGCCAUCCGGCAGUGGUCAUUGUAAUAAUACUGAGGCAAAUAUACAACUAGGCACCCAACCAACAGUGGUACAUUAGCUGUUCAGAAAGUGAUGGCGGAGAUUGUGAUUCUUCUAGCCAUUAAAAAGAUUGGAACCGCCUUGGCAAAUGGAGUGGCAGACCAGGCCAGCACGUUGUUUGCGAAGAACGGGAAGCAAAUACUAGCGCUACAGGGCAGCAUGGGUCGUGUUGCGAGGGAGCUUCGAGUAAUGCAUGAUGUUCUCUGUCAAAUGGAUAUCCGAAACCGCAACAAUCAAGUAUAUGAGGGCUGGUUGGAGGAGGUACGGAAAGUAGCACAUGUGAUGGAGGACAUGGUGGAUGAGUACUUGUAUCUUGUUGGUCACGAACAUGAUACGGGAUGUUGCUUUUACCUGAAGAAAGGGUUUACGAAACCAAGAUAUCUGCUUUCUUUGAACCGGAUUGCUUUCAAGGUGAAGGAAAUAGAGAAAGACCUAACACACCUGUCUGAGACAAAAAAUCGUUGGGUUCACAUGAUAAACAAUGGGGAUACUAGCAGCUCAAGUUACAUUGUCAAGAGGUCCAAAGAUCUAGCAAACAUUUCACGCUCCCUUGAUGAAGAGGAUCUAGUCGGUGUGGACAAAAACAGAGAUAAACUUGAGCAGUGGUUAUUGAGUGACAAUUUGGAACGCUCUGUGAUAGCACUGCUUGGAAUGGGAGGGCUUGGUAAAACAUCUUUAGCUGCAAAUGUCUACAGGAAGCAUAGAGAGAAAUUCCAGUGCCAUGCUUGGGUCUCCAUCUCUCAAACUUAUUCUACAGAACAUGUCUUGAGGAAUAUAAUCAAGGAACUUUCCCGAGAUAAAGUCAAUGUGCUAUCUAACACUGCGGCCAUGGACAUCACAUGCCUUGAAGAAACGCUGAGGAAAUUUCUAGAGCAACAGAAAUAUUUGAUCAUAUUGGAUGAUGUUUGGACUCCAGAAGCAUUUGAUGACUUGUCUAGGGUGCUUAUUAAUAAUAAAAAGGGCAGCAGACUGAUGAUCACAACAAGGGAAGGCGAUGUUGCUGCACUUGCCUCUCAAGGACAUACUUUAACACUGAAACCUUUACCAGAAGAUAAGGCAUGGGAUCUCUUUUGUAGAAAAGCCUUUCCAAGAGAUACAAAUCAUGAAUGUCCUGCGGAGUUGUAUCCUUUGUCCGAGCAAAUAGUUAGCAAGUGCAAAGGCUUGCCUCUUGUUAUUGUGUUAGUUGGUAGCCUCUUGCGUGUGCGUGAGAAAACUGUGGAAGAAUGGAGAAGAAUACAUGCCCAAUUAAGUUGGGAGCUAAUCAACAAUUCAAGACUCGAUCACAUAAGGAAUGUUUUGCAUCUGAGCUUCAUCUACCUUCCAACACACUUAAAAUGCUGUUUCUUGCAUUGCAGCUUAUUUUCAGAAGACUAUUGUUUCAAAAGGAAACAACUUAUACGGUUGUGGACAGCAGAGGGGUUCAUUGAAGAGAGGGGUGAAAGCACAUUAGAAGAAGUGGCAGAAGGCUAUCUGAAGGAGUUAAUUGACAGAAACAUGCUAGAACUUGUCAAGAGGAACUCAUUUGGUAGGAUGAAAGAAUUCAAAAUGCACGAUAUCUUACGUGAACUGGCACUUGACUUGUGCCAGAAGAACUGUUUUGGUGUUACAUAUGAGGAUAAGCAUGGGAGGUCUUUUGAGAGGAAUGGACGUCGAUUGGUAUUGCACAAACAAAAGAAGGAUAUUCAGCAGUCAUUUUCUAGUGUGCGCCGACUUCGAACAUUCGUUAUGCUGGACGAUAGUAUGGUAACAUUUACUCUACUGCCUCUGCUAUGUAAGGAGUCAAGAUAUAUGACAGUGCUAGAAUUAAGUGGUCUACCCAUUGAGAAUAUUCCAGAUGCUAUUGGAGAUCUUUUUAAUCUCCGCCAUUUGGGUUUGCGUGAUUCAAAAGUGAAGAUGCUCCCUAGUUCUGUUGAGAAGCUUUCAAAUUUGUUGACACUGGACCUUCUUAGAUCUGAUGUACAUGAGCUGCCUAGUGGGAUUGUGAAACUGAAGAAGCUUAGGCACUUAUUUGUUGAGAAAAGAAUUAAUACAGAUUUGAGAGGGAUUAAAUGUUUCGGUGGUGUGCAUGUCCCUAAUGGUCUUGGAAAUCUAACAAACCUGCAAACGCUACAAGCAUUGGUAGCACAUGAUGAGUCUAUUAGACAUUUACGGCAGCUGAGGCAACUGAGAAGCUUGAGGUUAUUGGAUGUGAAGGGAAGCUAUUGUGGACGUAUCAGCGAGUCUCUAGUUCAGAUGCAGUGUUUGUCCCAUCUUGAUGUGAAUGCAAGUGAUGAGAAUGAGGUUCUCUCGUUGAAUGCCCCCCUGCCAAACCUGCAAAGGCUACGUUUGGGUGGACGACUGGCGGAAGGGGCGUUGGACGCGUCUCCUCUCUUCCAAGCUGCUGGGGGGCAGAACUUGCAUGUUUUGAAUCUAUAUUGGUCACAACUGAGAGAAGACCCCCUGCCAUCCCUUUCACGGCUGUCGAAUUUGACGCAUCUGGAAUUCACCAGAGCAUACAGCGGAGGGCAGCUAUCAUUUCUCACGGGAUGGUUUCCCAAGCUAAAGAUUCUCUAUCUGAUAGACCUGCCUAAUCUGAAUUGGCUAGAGAUACAGCAAGGUGCCAUGGCGAGCCUGGAAAGAUUAUACUUUGUCAACCUCAGCAGCAUGAUGGUGGUCCCAGCUGGCAUUGAGUUCCUCAUGCCCCUCCAGUCUCUAGGCUUCUUUGAAAUCACUAGUGAUUUCUUUUGGUUGCUGGAUCAAUGUUCUGCAAUUCUAGGGACACAGUGGCGGUAUACUCUCCGAGAUUGACCUGCCACACUGGUUGGGAAAUGUGUAAUGCACCCGUAUAAUGUCCGGGUUUCUCUGCUUUUUCACAUACUACACAUCAUUUGCUGCUUGUUCCACCUCUGCUAAGGUGCAGUUACCGCCUGUGUUUGCUACUGCUACUACUGUUCUA